CCCUCCUGGACUGGACCCGUGGUUAGAAAUCGAUUCGAGGGUUAAUUUAGAGAGGAGAGGGAGGGACAGAGACAGAGCGGCAGGGACGAUGAUGGCGAAGGUCAUGGAGGGGCGCCCGGCGAAGAUGGGGUUCCGGAUGCCGGCGGAGUGGGAACCGCACGAGCAGUGUUGGAUGGGAUGGCCUGAGCGUCCAGACAACUGGCGGGACAAUGCUGGUCCAGCUCAACAGACAUUUGCGAGAGCUGCAAUUGCCAUUUCAAAAUUUGAGCCUGUCACAAUAUGUGCAAGUACCAAGCAGUACCCGUAUGUCCACAAGCUGAUGGAACAUCAUACGAACAUCAGGGUGAUUGAAAUAAACAUGAACGAUUCCUGGUUCCGUGAUAUGGGACCCACUUUUAUCACUCAUAAAGUCGAGUCAGGAAUCACAAAACAAACAAUAGCAGGGAUAGAUUGGCAAUUUAACGCCUGGGGAGGAAUCUAUGACGAUUGGAGUCUUGACAAUGAUAUUGCCAAGAAAAUAGUUGAGAUUGAGAGGAUCCCUAGGUUUUCGCACAAAAUGGUUCUCGAGGGUGGAAGCAUUCAUGUCGAUGGAGAAGGUACAUGCAUAACAACCGAAGAAUGCUUGCUGGAUCCAAACAGAAACCCCAACAUGACUAAACUAGAGAUAGAGAACGAGCUGAAGGAUUUUCUGGGAGUCACAAAGGUCAUCUGGAUACCUCGUGGACUUUACGGUGACGAGGACACAAAUGGCCACGUCGACAACCUGUGCUGUUUCAUUAAACCCGGCGUCAUCCUCCUGUCGUGGACGGAUGACGAGAAGGACCCCCAGUACGAACGGUCAGCCGAGGCGCUGUCGGUUCUGACCCAAUCGGUUGACGCUAAAGGACGGCAGAUAGAAGUGGUGAAGAUCCACGUCCCGGGGCCCCUGUACAUGACGAAGGAAGAGGCGGACGGCGUUCUCUCAACAGGGCACGCCGUGGCGAGGGAGCCGGGCACGAGGCUGGCCGCCUCGUACGUGAACUUCUACAUCGCGAAUGGCGGCAUCGUAGCGCCGUCUUUCGGCGACAAGUGGGACGAGGAGGCGUACAAGGUUCUUCAGAAGGCGUUUCCUGAUCGCGAGGUGGUGAUGGUCGAGGGCGGGCGGGAGAUCGCGCUGGGAGGCGGGAACGUCCACUGCAUCACGCAGCAGCAGCCCGUGCGCCCGUCGUAGGCGGACACACCAAGGCGAUGGAAGGACAUGCUAUUGCUAUGCUAGUAGUACUAUUGAUCUCUGAUUCUAUCUUCGGUCGUUAUCGCACUUGCCCAUACCAAGACGUGCGAGGAAUAAGACCGGUCAGCAGUUAGUUGACAGAUAGUUUCCACCCCCGCCCGCCCACCUCUCUCUGGCCGCGGCCCGCGGCUGCCGUCGAGAGCACGAGACGCCUCCGCGUGGGUGCGCGGACGUGGUGGGUUGUUGUUGGGUGGGUGACUUGUCCUGACGCUUUUGAGCGCGUUCGGCGGACGCUCGUUGCGUUGCGAUGUGUGCCAGGACAGGACGAGUCAAAGCCUACUAUGUUUUGCCUCUUUCGCUUUGUCGCAACUCGCAAGCAGCAGAAUUUGUAACAUCCUAAUUUUCAUCAUUUGUGAUUUAAUAAAAAUUAAUUAGAAUUUC